AUGGAAUCCAUAGAUUAAAUAAGAUCAAGUAUACCAAUCACUUAAUAGGCCAAAAUAAACGAAACGCCUGCAAAAGAAUUUGAUUAACAUGUAAUUAAUUUAUUGAUAUUAUUAGAAAACUCCAUGUCUCAAUUAGAUAUGCAAUAAGCAUAACAAAGAAAUAAUUAUGUUAAAUGUUAAUUAUAAUGAGCCUAAAUUCGGUCGAUUGGCAUGCGUAGAAUGUAUUCAAGAAAACCCUAUUCAAUAUAUUAGCUUAAAAGAAGCAAAUAAUAUGUGGAAUACUCUUAUUGGAGAAUCAGAAGAUUUAAUUUCUAAACAUAAUUUUAAAAGAGAAAAAACAUUUAAAAUGGUUAUAUAAGAAAUCAAAUAACUAAAAAACCAUUAUCAUAAUUAAUUAUCAGAAAUGUUGUCAUCUAUAGAUGAAUAGCUUAUUUAAAAUAAUUAAGAAUUUUAAGAUUUCCUAAAAUUAGAGAAUAAAUAGAUAUUUGAAUUAGAUGAAAAAUAAGUUGAAAAGAUGAUUGAUUUAUUAAGUUAAUAAGAUAAAAAUAAACAUAUCCUUUAGUAAUAGGAGAAACAAGAUAGACUUGAUUAAUUAUUUUAUCAGAAUGUCAAAUCAAAAUUAGAAACCCUUAUCAAGCAUGAUUUACUUUGCAAGUAAUAAUUGAUGACUAUUAUUUAAGAAUAACAAGGUAAUUUGUUUUGAAUAUAUUAUAGAUAAUAAAGAAAUAGGAAAUAAUCCAUAAGCUGAUGUUAAAAUAACUCCUGAAAUACACGAGUUUAUAUCGAAAUGUUAAUUGUAAGAGUAAUAUUUAUAAAUACAUUCUGAAUCAGUUGAAUUUCAAAUAGAAUUAUAGAAAGAAGUAUAAUAGCUUGAGUAAAAGGGUUAACUAGAAUAAUUUAUUGAAUUAGAAGGAAAAAAUGAUACCGAUAAUGUUAAAUAUACUUUACUCUAAUAAUAAUUUAAAUAAUAUGAAAUAAAUUUAGAAAAAAUGAGGAAAUUGAUAAAGGCUGAUGAAAAUGAGAAAUAAUUGUUAUUAAUUACCAAACAAAAAGAAGAAUUGUAGCUAAAAAUUAAUGAGGAAAAGUAAGAAAUUAAAUAAAUUCAGUAAAAAAUUUUUGAUUUAGAACAAAAUAUGAAUCAAAAAUUCUUUAAAUAAGAAUAAGAAUUUGUUGAAUAAUUUAAUAAAGAAACAACUAAAAAUAAUGAACUUAAGUAAAAUUUAUUGGAAUUAACUCAGUCUAGUGAAAUACGAUUGGAAUAAUUAACUACAAAAUAUAAUGAGUUGAAUUAAUAAAUUGAUGAUGUAUAGUCAGAAUUAAAAGAAAGAGAAAAAUCUUCUGUAGUCUAAGAUAAACUAUAAUCUUUAACAAAUAGUAUCGAAACAUAAAUUAUAAAUUGUGAAUAAAAAGUUGAGUAAUUAACAGAAAAAGUUAGAGAAGUAGAUACAUAAUAAACUAUAUAAACUUAAUUAUAAAAAGAAGAGUUAAUAUCAAAAAUAAAUGAUGAAAUAAAUGCAAGAGAAUUAUUAAUUGAAAAAUAAAAUUAAAGAAUGGAUUAAUUUAUUUAAAAAAAUGAUUAAUAAUUAGCAUCGUUAUCAGAGUCGAUAAAAGAGGAAAAUACCGCUCAAUUAUUUUAGAAGAAUAAAUUAAUCGAAUUAGAAAAUUAAAAUAAAUAAUAGAUAUAAUAAUUGGAUGAUAAGAUCAGGAAUUAAUUACAAAAUAUGAAUACGGUAGUUUAGGAAAAUACUAAGGAUUAAAAAACCCAUGAAGACCUUUUAAAACAUUUUUUUCUUUAAUCUAUAAAUUAUGAUCUGUUAAAUUUGGAAAAAAAAAACUACUUUGUUUUUUUAAAAUAAUUUUUUUAAGAAAAUAAACUCGAUAAGAUAUUAAUUUGA